AACAAUACAUUUCACUCGAAUGCUCUGGACAAGGUGGCCUCCCCGCAGGAGGAAACCUAUCCAGAAUACAUUAAUACAUAAACUCAAAGAAAAUUGUCACACAAAACAAAGUAAAUAUGGAGGUGUGAAUACUGAAUAGUAAAGCCCAUACUCCGAACCUGCCAAGGCCCAACCAUGUCAGUGCUGGGCUCACUUCACUUGUCAGAAACAUAUGGCCUUCUUCAAACCUUGACAAAUGAGAUGGAGAACUAGGUUGAAUUAGUGAUUAGUGACGGUGAUGGGUAAUUGGUGGUUAGGAAGAACAACAAGGGUUGGUUACAGUUACCGUAGUGAGUUUCUGAUCCGAUGGAUGACGAGCAGCAAGAGGGUCCAAGACAGGAGCAAGAAGAAGAGGGUUCACGACCUCGAAGUCACAACCGAGAAAUGGAAAAUAGCCUCCAAAAUCAUCUACUUAAUGGAGCUUCUCAAGCAAGAGCCCGAAAUGGUCAUUCCCGUUCGCUCCCUGGAGCACCACCGCAGACAAAUCAACCUCCCCAAGCCCCACCGUGUCUCCGAUUUCCUCCGCAAAACGCCCAACCUCUUCGAACUCUACAAGGACCAAAAGGGGGUGCUAUGGUGCGGCAUGACCUCAAAAGCCGAAAACUUGAUGGAACAACAGCAAAGGGUCAUCGAAGAACAUGCCGACAAAGUCGCCGAACACGUCACGAGGUUUCUCAUGAUGUCGCUGGAUAAAAGGCUUCCCUUGGAGAAGAUUGCUCAUUUCAGAAGAGAUUUUGGGUUGCCGUUGGAUUUUAGAGUCCAUUGGGUGCAUAUGUAUCCUCAGCAUUUUAGGGUGGUGAAAGCACUUGAUGGGGUUGAGUUUUUGGAGCUUGUGUCUUGGAACCCUGAUUGGGCAAUCACUGAGUUAGAGAAAAAGGUGGUGACAGAGAAAACUGCAACUACCAAUACCCCAGGGAUGCUUUCAAUUCCAUUUCCUUUGAAGUUCCCUGCGAAUUAUAAGAGGGUGUAUCGUUACUAUGGUGAAAAGAUUCAGCAUUUUCAGGAGAUGUCUUAUUUGUCUCCCUAUGCUGAUGCUCGUGGACUUAAGGCUGGAUCAUUGGAGUUUGAUAAAAGGGCUGUUGCUGUUAUGCAUGAACUGCUUAGUUUCACCAUUGAGAAGAGGUUGGUGACUGAUCACCUCACACACUUUCGUUGGGAGCUGGUGAUGCCCCAGAAGCUGAUGAGGCUUCUGCUCAAGCAUUGUGGGAUCUUCUAUGUGUCAGAGAGGGGGAAGAGGUUUAGUGUGUUCUUGACUGAGGCUUAUGAGGGUUCUGAGCUGAUUGAGAAAUGCCCCUUGGUGCUGUGGAAGGAGAAGGUUUUGGGGCUUGUGGGGUAUAGAGGGAGGAAGAAGAAGUUUGAGGUAUGCAGUGAUGAUGGAUCUGAUGUGGAGGAUCAUGAUGGUUUGGUUUGUGAUCAGAGGGAUUCUGAAGUGGGGGACUUGCAUGUGCAGAUUGAGCCUCGGGGUACCUUGGAUUAUGAGGAUCCUUUACUUGGGGAUGAUUCUGAGAUGGAUGUUGGAGAGAUUACAUGAAGAUAUGGAAAUUGUUUGAAAGUUGUUGAGGCCGGAGUUGUAUUUCUGUUUUACCAUAUAUAUGAUUGAUUCAAUUUAAACUUCAAAGUUCUCAGGAACAUGCAAUUGUAUAAAUUGAUGCAAAUCAAAUUUUGAGGAUUGCAUUUUACUUUCAUA